CCAAAAAUAAGAAGACAGAAAUCAGUUCUGUCAAACAAUUAACUUGUCAAAUCUGUCAAUUUCCUUCAAAGUUUAUUUCUUAAAGAGCCAACAUGGUUAAAGUUAAGUGCUCAGACCUUCGGACAAAGGAUAAAAAAGAGCUAACAAAACAGCUCGAUGAAUUGAAAAUGGAACUUACCAACCUUAGGGUUGCGAAAGUUACUGGUGGAGCCCCAUCUAAACUUUCAAAAAUCCAUGUAGUAAGAAAAGCUAUAGCUAGGGUAUACAUUGUUAUGCACCAAAAGCAAAAAGAAAACUUGAGAAAGUUAUACAAAAACAAAAAAUAUAAGCCUUUAGAUCUUAGACCCAAGAAGACCCGUGCUAUUCGUCGGGCUUUGUCUAAACAUGAACAAAGGAUCAAGACUCCAAAAGAAAUCCGUAAGCGCUCUGCAUUCCCCCCAAGGAAGUUUGCAUUGAAAGCUUAGUUUAAUAGAGAAUAAAUAUGUUAUUUCUUA